CUUCACGAAAAAUACCAUCUCGACAUCCGCAACACUAACCGCAGCCCGUCAGUCCCGGAACCCACGACUGCAACAGCAAACAUGUCUGACGCCGGCGAGAUCGAGGUCGAGAACACCGCCCUCUACGAGGUGCUCCCCAAGGACGUUGUCAAGGAGGUUGGCAACGUCAAGCUCUUCAACAAGUGGGACUACGAUGUCGAGGUCCGCGACAUCUCCCUGACUGACUACAUUUCCCUGCGAAACCCCGUCUACGUCACCCACACUGCUGGCCGAUAUGCCACCAAGCGAUUCCGAAAGGCCAACUGCCCCAUCAUUGAGCGAUUGACCAACUCGCUCAUGAUGCACGGCCGCAACAACGGAAAGAAGCUCAUGGCUGUCCGAAUUGUUGCCCACGCCUUCGAGAUCAUCCACCUGAUGACCGACCAGAACCCCAUCCAGGUCGCUGUUGACGCCAUUGUCAACUGCGGUCCCCGUGAAGACUCUACCCGAAUCGGUUCCGCCGGUACCGUCCGACGACAAGCCGUUGAUGUUUCUCCCCUCCGCCGAGUCAACCAGGCUAUCGCCCUCCUCACCACUGGUGCCCGCGAGGCCUCUUUCCGCAACGUCAAGUCUAUUGCUGAGUGCCUUGCUGAGGAGCUGAUCAACGCCGCCAAGGGUUCCAGCAACUCUUACGCUAUCAAGAAGAAGGACGAGCUGGAGCGUGUCGCCAAGAGCAACCGAUAAAAGGUGCAACGGCGGAUUCAUGACGGGAGGGGUUGCGGCUUUGGCGUGUUCCGGCAUGUUUCGAAAUGCAUUUUGCGUUCAUCGGGUCUGGGAACGCGGCUAUGGAUUUUCUUAGGUGGCUCUAGAUUCAAUAAAAAAAAGUCGGGCUCCCUGAGAGUUGAAUGAACUCAUAUUUCUUGUC